UUUUCGUGACUUAAUAAAAAUCACGUGAUAAUCAAAAUGGCAGCCUCCAUGGAUAGUAAUAUGUCACUGUUAUCAUAGAAAUAGGUGAAUACAAGUUCAGACAGUGCAAAUAUAGGGCUAUGAGUGGAAAUGAUAAAGACUUUGCGCCUCUAACGGCACUUUGUGUUAGAAAUCUGAAUGAUAAGUUAUACGAGAAGCGCAAAAUGGGGGCUCUGGAAGUUGAAAGGAUGGUUAGAGAAUUUUCUUUAGCUGGUCAAAAUGUUCAGAUUCAGCGGAUCCUUAAGGUUCUUGGUGAAGAUCUUGCAUUGUCUCACAACCCAAACUCAAGGAAAGGUGGCGUCAUAGGUCUGGCAGCUACAGCCAUCGCUCUUGGAAAGGAGUCCACAAACUAUGUUGCGGAGCUAGUCAAGCCAGUGCUGGACUCCUUCAGUGAUCAGGACAGCAGGGUCAGGUACUAUGCCUGUGAAGCAUUGUACAACAUCUCAAAAGUCUGUCGUGGAUUUGUGCUUCCCUACUUCAACGAGAUCUUUGAUGGUCUGAGCAAGCUUUCAUCCGAUACUGACCAGAAUGUCAAGAAUGGAACAGAACUUCUAGACAGACUUAUCAAGGACAUUGUAACUGAAAGUUCUGCCUUCGAUCUGCGAGCAUUUAUUCCCAUAUUGAGGGAGAAACUUUAUGUGAAAGAACAGAAUCCACGCCAAUUCAUCGUGUCCUGGAUUGCAGUGUUGGAUGCAGUGCCAGAUAUUAAUAUGCUUGUCCUCCUACCUGAAAUAUUACAUGGUCUGUUUGAGAUCCUUGGUGACUCUAACUCUGAAAUCAGCAAAAUGUGCCAGGAUGUCCUACAGGAGUUUCUUAAUGGUAUUAAGAAGACACGGACAGGUGUUAAUUAUGAGGGAAUGGCGAACAUCCUAAUCACUCACAGUCACUCCGAUAAGGCUCUGAUUCAGUACACAGCUAUCUGCUGGCUCCAGGAAUUUGUGACCCAAGCUGGGAGGACCAUGCUACAGUACACAUCUGGGAUCAUAGAUGCUAUCCUGCCAUGUCUAGCUACAGAGGGACACAUCACUCGCUCUGUAAGUGAGGCUGCUAAACACUUGAACCUUGCCCUACUCAACCUGAUAUGUGAGGAAGAUGAUAUAACUACCCCUACGCUAGGGAGUCCUGUUGAAGGCACACCCACCAGUUCUGACCCGCAGGAGCAAAGUCCACAGGAAAGCCCCAUAUCAACAUCAGGCAGUGCAAUAAGACUAAAUAUAGCCAGCGUGAUCUCCGUCCUAUGUCGAAUGUUACAACACCAGAGUUUAAGGACCAGAAUUGCUGCUUUAGAAUGGCUUUCACAUCUCUUGCUCAAAGUGCCAAAUAAGGCAUUCCAACAUGUGGACAGUUUUUUCCCAGUCCUGCUGAUGACACUGUCCGACAUCUCUACAGAAGUUGUGCUUUUAGAUUUAGAGACUCUUGCUGAAAUUUCCUCUAACCCUGCAGGAAAAGUCAUUCCCAUAGAGUCAACAGAUCAAAAUCAGGGAUCAAAAGUCAAGAAUAAAGAAGGGCAGGCAACUUCUUCUAAAUAUCCAGGCAAAGUGAAAACCAAGGAGGAGAAGCCUAAUGAAUAUAAAUCUGGACUAAAUAUUUAUUUCACCAAAUUCAUGAAAGCUUUGUUGGAUCUAUUCAAGAAAGACCAAAAUUUGCUAGAGCCCGAGGAGAGGGGAUAUUUUAUUAUCAGGCAACUGUCACACCUGUUAAAUGUGUAUUAUAACAG